UGGCUAGUGGUUUACUUUCUCGCGUCGACUCACGAGCUCCAAAUUUGUCAGACCCACAUCAUGCGGAGGAUGGCGGAGGAGAUUCAACCUCGCAAUGAGCAAAGUUCCUGGAUAUCAAACUGGCUUCCCUCCUGGUGCCCCACUUCUCUGUCUCAACUCAAAGAUGCAGAGGAAAAAAUGCUGAAAACUGUGAGGCGGCCCUACUCCAGGCAGCACAUCCGGAUAUCAAACGACAACUACCUGUGGACCGUAGCUUUCUCCACUCAGCUGCACCCAUCCUCUCCGUUACUCCCACAACCUCCUGCCCAGCCCAGAACUCCUCUGGUUCUGCUGCACGGCUUUGGGGGUGGCUUAGCCCUCUGGGCCCAGAAUCUGGACACUCUGUCCAGCUGUGGACCCGUCUACGCUCUGGACUUGCUGGGCUUCGGCAGGAGCAGCCGUCCACUGUUCAGCACCGACCCCGAGGGGGCCGAGGAGCAGUUUGUGGAGGCCCUGGAGGAGUGGAGGGAGAAGGUGGGCCUGCAGGAGAUGGUGCUGCUGGGACACAACCUUGGAGGAUAUCUGUCUGCGGCGUACACGCUCAAAUAUCCAAACAGGGUGAAACAUCUUCUGUUGGUGGAGCCGUGGGGAUUCCCAGAACGCCCAGAGAACCCCAACCAUCACUCCAUCCCCGUGUGGAUCAGAGCCAUCGGAGCCGUCAUGAGUCCCUUCAACCCUCUGGCUGGUCUCAGGCUGGCCGGGCCUUUGGGUCCCAUGCUGGUCCAGACCAUCCGGUCCGACUUCAAGCAGAAGUACUCCUCUGUGUUUGACGACAACACGGUGUCGGACUACAUCUACCACCUGAACGCUCAGACUCCCAGCGGAGAGACGGCCUUUAAGAACAUGACCAUUCCCUACGGCUGGGCCAAGAGACCCAUGCUGGAGCGGAUCCACCAGGUCCGGGCCGACAUUCCCAUCUCCUUCAUUUACGGGUCUCGAUCCAGCAUCGACAGCAACUCCGGGUACGCGGUCCGGAGAACCAGACCGGACGUAGAAAUUAUUGUGAUCAGAGGAGCGGGUCACUACGUGUUCGCAGACCAGCCGGAGGACUUCAACCAGACGGUCCUUCGGAUCCUCACCUGGACUGAAGGGAAGACUCAGUGAAGAGACGCAGGAAGACACGAGGGUUAACCGAGCUAAACCUAUUACACAACCAGAGAAAUAAGCCACUUACUGUUGCACUUUACUCGUCUGAGACACCCAUCAGACUCGGGGGCACUUGACUCAUCGUCCCACACUCCCUGAGGUGGCUCGUCUGGUGGUCCAGACUUUGCCACAGGUUUCCCACUUAAGUACAUUUUGUAAAUAAACGUGAGAUGCCAAAAGAA